GGGGGGGGGGGGGGGAGGAUGAUGCUGUUGCUCACUGCUGCUGCAGCUCUUCGUGCUGCUUUGGAGCUCUCUUUUAAAGACUGGGAACCACAUCUUUUACUGGCUGGGAACCAAACUCUCUCACAGUCUCUCUCUCACAGUCUCUCUCAGUCUCUCUGUCACUCCCACUUCCUUCCUUUCCUUCCUUCUCUUUUCUUGCUUUCAGGAGCAUGGAUGGGAUGAUGAGGCUAACAAGGACCUCACUUUUCUCUCCUAUCUAUCUUCUGUUCACUAACCCAGUGUAAUGUAAUCAUCAUACACGAUUAUGUACUGCCGAACUCCAUCAUCAUUGCCCCCCUCUAUCUCUCUCUCCCUCUCUCUCUUUAAAGCUAGCCCAAACUCCCUCAUAGUCAUGAUCAUCUUCCUCCGCUCUCUCUAGGCGGAGACUUCAUCAUCAUCAUCAUCUUCAUUGAGCUCUCUCUCUCUCUCUCUGUGAUUAUCAUUAGCAUAGAAAAAUGGACUCAUACGAAGCUACGAGGCUCGUCUUCUCGAGGAUCCAGAGCUUGGACCCGGACAGUGCCUCCAAGAUCAUGGGCUACAUCCUCCUCCAAGACCAGGGCGACAAAGAAAUGGCCAGACUAGCCCUCGCCCCCGACCCCCUCCUCCGCGCCCUCAUCCUCAAGGCCAAGUCCCACUUGUCCCUCUCCCUCUCUGGGACCUCAUCUUCAACCUCCACGACCCCCUCUUCUCCUUCCUCUGCUGCUCUCAAUCUCAACCCCAUUUCACGAAGACCCAUCACCCACCACCACUCUCUCUCCAUCCCCUCUGCGAGAAGCACCCCAUCCUACGCAAAUGUCGUCAAUGGGGUCACUCACAACACCACCCCCAACAUCCCCAGCGACCCCGUUGACGAUUACCAGCUCCAGGACCACCUCUCCUUCCUGAACGACCCCAAAAGCGACGACCUUUACGACCCAAGACUCGAGUUUGCUCCGAACGGCGACUCUGGCUUGUCGCACAGAAGAUGCUACUCAAUACCCGGAAUGCGUCUUGGGUCUUAUGCUGCUGGCGAAGAACCGGGUCUUUCUGGGUUCGGGUGGAGACCGUGCCUGUACUUCGCGAGGGGGUUCUGCAAGAACGGCACGAGCUGCAGGUUCCUCCACGGCGACUCGGGGGACUGCACAGACGCCUCGGCAGCGGUCAAUGUCGGGUCGCCGGUCAAGUUUAGCGAGCUCGAACAGUUCGGACCCGAACUCGCCGCAAGAUCGAAGGCCGCGGUGGUGGCGCAGCAGCAGAGGUUGAAGCUCUUGGCCGGUGCUUCUGCUUCGUCCUUGCCUUACAACAGUUGCGUGGACUUGUUUCUGCAGCAGCAGAACGACACCCAGAGAUCGACUGCUCCAGAGUUCAUGCUGAGGGAGGAGGUGCACAAAUUCGGGCACAUUCAGUCUGAAAGGAGCGAUUUUUCGGGACUAGGAUUGGGAGGAGCGAGUAGCCCUGGGUCAAGGCAAAUUUACUUGACAUUUCCUGCUGAUAGCACUUUCAGAGAAGAGGAUGUUUCGAAUUACUUCAGCAAUUAUGGACCGGUACAAGAUGUGAGAAUUCCUUACCAGCAGAAGAGAAUGUUUGGAUUUGUUACUUUUGUAUAUGCGGAGACCGUGAAGCUCAUACUGGCCAAAGGCAAUCCUCACUUUGUUUGCGAUUCACGGGUGCUGGUUAAACCUUACAAGGAGAAAGGCAAAAUUGCAGAUAGGAAACAACAACAGUUCAUGGAUAGGGGUGAAUACUCGGCAUGCUUGAGUCCAACCGGGUUUGAAUCGAGGGAACCUUUUGAUCUCCCCUUUGGUUCGAGAAUGAGUUACAAUGCUCAGGAGAUGUUGCUUAGAAGGAAGUUGGAGGAACAAGCCGAUCUGCAUCAAGCAAUUGAGCUUCAAGGGAGAAGACUUGUGAAUUUGCAGCUUUUGGACUUGAAGAAUCGCUACCGGCAAUACCCUCAUAAUUUAUCAGCCAACUCCCCCAUUUCCUCACCAGUUCUUCCUCGCUCUCCCAAUGUUCAAUCACUGAAUCUUCCCCCUAAUGCCAUCAACCAAGAAGUUGCCAGAGCGGCAUUUGUUGAUGGUUCGGUGCUGAUGAAUUCCGAAUCCGCAGAGAGCGAAAACCCGGUACUGCACGGUGUGGAUGGAGCUUGGGUUGAGAAAGAUUGCACUGGCAAGAGAAAAGAGGAGAGCUCCGUUCCUGGAGAGUAUGAUCACCAUGAAAGCUUAGAGCACAUCCUCCCAGAUAACCUCUUUGCCUCUCCCAAGAAAUCAAGGUCUGACAAUCUCACUGCCUUCAACACUUCUCUUGCUGAUGAUGAGUGUGAUGAUAGUAUCACAAGUUUGAUCACCUCAUCUGCUCCAACCAAUGAGCCCUUGCUGACUACUUCAUCAGCGCUCAAUAUUGCUGCUCUAAAAUCAUGUUUGUUUCACGUGCCCAGUUUCUCUUCUGGGCAUGGAGCAAUUGGAAUGUAGUUGACCACGUGUUAGAAUGGACAGCUAUAGAGAUAUUUCCUUACUUAGGGAUGUUUCAGAAGAAUGAGCAGUGAAGAAAGAAAGAUCCUCCUAUAGCUGUAUAGACCAAGAAAAAUUAUAGCCUCAUCAAAGAAAAAAGGAAGAAAGAUUGUCUUGACAAAAUCUGAGCAAAGAUCACCACCAUCAUGGUCAUCAUCACCAAAUACAUACUUUAACAGUCAAUACACACUGCAAUACAUAUAUAAAGGACAGAUGAACCGAUUUAUGGAAGUGGGGUCCUUCUCUUUUCUACAUGGAAGUGCUCUCUCUCUCUCUCUCUCUCUCUCUCUCUCUCUCUCUAGGUUUGGUCUGUGUGUGUGCUGGGACCACACUGCAAUAGCAAUACCAGAAGAAACAAAGGCUAGUGACUCCUAAAUGUUUUAAUAUAAUAUUGUUGUAAUUUCCAUCA